AUGAUGAUGCAGUUUUUGCCUCUUACAGAAUGUGUGCCUCUCCUCGCGAGCCAAUAUGCUGCUACCAAAAUGUCUAACACCGGACUAGAAUACGGCGAGCUGGUGAACGACAGGACGAAGGGUAACCACGACAGCCCGAGCCACACGUCCGAUACGGCGUAUGAAUCAUGUCUGAGUCCCCUGCAGCCGAACGAUAGUGGCAGCUUCAGCACAAUCAACGUGUGCGCUAUCUGCUGCGAUCGUGCCACCGGAAAACACUACGGUGCGGCAUCCUGCGAUGGUUGUAAGGGAUUUUUCCGCCGAAGUGUGCGGAAAAACCACACCUACUCCUGCAGGUUCUCGCGCAAUUGCGUGGUGGACAAAGACAAGCGGAACCAGUGCCGGUACUGCAGGUUAAAGAAAUGCUUCAAAGCUGGAAUGAAAAAAGAAGCGGUCCAGAACGAGCGGGACCGCAUAAGCUGCCGCAAACCGAGCACGGAUGAUAAGAACACCAUCAACGGGCUGUCGGUGAAGUUUCUACUGCGGGCAGAAAACUUCAGCCGCCAUUUCGGUGCCGCCCUGGACGAGUCAAACGAUGGCGAGGAAGCGGAUCUGUCCUCGAAGCGGUUCGCCAGCAUCAACGAUGUGUGCGAUUCGAUGAAGCAGCAGCUGCUGAUACUGGUCGAGUGGGCCAAAUCGAUUCCAGCGUUUGCUGAGCUGCAGCUUGACGAUCAGGUGGCAUUGUUGCGGGCCCACGCUGGUGAGCAUCUGCUGUUGGGGUUGUCACGACGUUCGAUGCACUUGCCGGAGAUGCUGCUGCUGGGGAACAACUGCAUCAUCACGAAGCAGUGCCCGGAUGCCAAUAUGUCGCCUAAUUUGGACAUUUCACGGAUUGGGGCGCGCAUUAUCGACGAGCUUGUGAGUGCCAUGAAAGAGAUACAGAUCGACGACUCGGAGCUGGCGUGCAUAAAGGCGCUGGUAUUCUUUGACCCAAGUGCAAAAGGACUGAACGAACCCGCCAAGAUUAAAUCACUAAGGCAUCAGGUGCUGAACAACCUCGAGGAUUACAUAUCAGAUAAGCUGUACGACUCGCGAGGUCGGUUUGGAGAGAUACUGCUGUUGCUACCGGUGCUGCAGUCGAUUACGUGGCAAAUGAUCCAGCAGAUAGAGCUUGCCAAAAUGUUCGGUGUGGCACACAUCGACAGCUUGCUGCAGGAGAUGUUGCUCGGAGGCGACACCAUCGACACGUCGUCCACGAUCACGUCACCAUUGAACAUGAUGAACACAAACAAUAGUCCCUCGGACUCGUGCGAUACGACGCAACUGGCGUCUUCCAUGGGUUCGACCGUGGAUCACGACACACAAGACCCCCUAGUACAAAUGUCGACGCUCGGACCUGGCCCAGGUUACAGCGGCGAUGCUGACGGCUUGCUCAUCUCCCCCAUGGACACGGUGCCCAGUCACGGUGCAGGUGGAUACUGCAACCGGAAAACGCCAGACACGCUGAACGGGCACCAACUGCAUGGUUCCAGAGUUGGCCAAUCAACUACAGGUGCCGGUGCCGGUACCGGUGAUACCGCAGAUUUCAUGCAACAGGAACACCAGGCGCAAUCGCGACACAUCGCGGUCAGUUCGGCCGAAUCCGCUGUGACGAUAGCGGACAUAUACUUUCACGCACCGACGUCGGGCGUCGGUUCGACGGCGCUUCAGCUCGACAGUGAUGUUGCCAUGUACAACAACAACAAUCUUAGCUGCUGCCAGAGCGAGAUGCACCACUCCGGCAAGGGUUGUGAGAUUGUGAAAAUCGAGACUAAACGAGAGCCAGAAAACGCAUAAUUACCGGCAUCAUCCUUGCCAUCAUCCUCGCGUGCGCGCGCCUGCGUGCGUGCGUGUAUGAGUGUGUGUCGUUUUGGUGUGUGUGUGUGUGCAUGCGUGUGCAAUAUUAGACAAAAAAAGGGGGAAUGCAAUUGCGAAGGGAGCAUAAAAAAUACAAAAUGAAGCAAUAUUGAUAUUUACGGUGCAAGAUUACUGAUAAGGUAGAAUUUUUCUCCGUUUUUUUAUAGUUUAGCAAAUUUUUGUUUCAUUUUACGAAUGUUUUUUUGUUCUCUUUCUGUUGAGGUAAUUUUGUUUUUUUUUGUUAGAACCCAUACUGUCGGUUCUUCGGUUAUGGGAAAAUUGAGCAUGUUAAGUUUCACGAAAGAUGUGACGGCGGCGGGGUUCGUGAGUUGUACCACGAAUUCCGCGUUAUACAGUGGUCAGAGGUUUUUUUUAUGUUUCAUCUUUUUUUGUUAUAGGAGCAGAAGUAGGAACAAUGAAUAAAAUCCAUUACAAUUGUGACGCUAUAGCAUAGUUAUACCCAAGUCAAACGCGUUUGGUGAGGUGAGGUAGGGUUCUGUACAUAUAUUCAAUACAGGUGGCGUGCAUCCGGGAGGUGAUUGUUAUACUCUUUGCGUAGGUUAGGUACUGUCCCAUAACCCUUUCCAUUUUCCUCCUGUUUUCCGCAAACUACCGUAAAGGAAACUAUUAUAGACUUGUUUUUUUUUCUUCUGUUUUCUGGGACGAAAAGUGCAAAUAAAACGACUGGUUUUUUUCUUCUGUUUCCAAAUCGGACUUCGAUG